AUGAACUCCAUAGAAGAGAUAAAAGAUGAAUUUGAAAGUAAAAUAAAAGCCAUCACUGUGCAUAGGAUAAUAAGAAAUGAUGCCUAUUUGCAGUGUCUCGCUGGUGGCAUUCUUCAAGAUUUAGAGUGUUUGGAGGUGACUUUGCAAAAGAUGGAAAUGGAGAUCGAGAGAAAAGUGAAAUUAAUCAAAAAACAAGAGGAUCUCAUGGAAAUGACAUCAAAGAUAAAGGAGCUAUAUAAUCACAAUAAUAAUAAUAAUAAUAAUAAUAAUGAGUCUACAGCAUCAUCAUCUGCAUUAACAACAUCUUCAUCAUUGCCAAAUGGAACUACUCCUACACAGAUUAAAAAGCGUUUCGUGAAUUACGAUUAUGAUGACUACCUGAAUACGCAGGAGGAUGACGAGGAUGAGAAUGGGUCCAAAUUCACUAAACUUCCUAAAAAAUACAUGAUAGGAAGACUCUCCGUAGAGAAGAUAAACAACACUAUAGAUACCUUAAAUCAAGUCUGCGGCUGCAAGUAUGACAUCCUGAUAACUCACAAAUCCAAACAGACUGACAAAAUUAGGAAUGCGAUUAGGGAAUAUAAAAACGAAGAAAAUGGUGAAACCAAAGGUUUCAACUUUAUAACCGAAAACGACAUCAAGCAAUUUGGCCAGAUAAAAAUCGACAAAUCACUGUUCUCAAUUCUCACGAUCUUACGACACUGCGGUCGAAUUAGGGAAGUCAGGGGCGGUAAUCUUGUGCGAUAUCUCAUAACGUAA